AUGCCCCGACAAUCCCGAUCUUCCCGACCUACCGCUCGAGCUGCCCCGGCUCCUGCUCCUUCGCACCAGCAGACUCGACAGGCCUCGACCUCUGCCUACCCUGCCCAGGCCGCCCCUGCUGGUCAUGCCGUACCUCCCCAGGCCAUGGGUCAACAGAGGCAGCCCGGUAUGCUCGCUGGGAUUGCCAGUACAGCUGCUGGUGUCGCUAGUGGAAGCGUGAUCGGACACGGAAUCUCCAACAUGCUUUUCGGAGGUUCCAACCACGCUGCCCCACCACCUCCUGCUGAGCUUCCCGCUCAGAGCCAGGCCCCUGCCAACUUCCAGAACCAGUCUCAAGGUGCUACCUGCAGCAUCGAGGCCAGGGACUUUACGAAAUGCUUGGAUGCCACGAAUGACUACCAAUCGUGUUCAUACUACCUCGAGGCCCUCAAGGCCUGUCAGCAAGCCGCCGCUCGAUACUAG